ACACACACACACACACCCCGUUCCUCCCAGUCUUCAGGCUCGUCAAGGCGGAGGAAUAAAACAGAAGCGAGUGAGCGAGAGAAGAAAACACAUUCCUCCCUCCCCUCCCCCCUUAGCUACCCGGCCACCUCCAGUCAGCCCUUUCUCUCAUGGAGAGGAACUACCCCGCGGCAGGCUUCGGAGACCUGGGGCCCGGGACGGGAUGGACGUACGACAGAUCGGGCAAGGCGAGCCUCGUGUAUGGGAGCUCCAGGUCCUCCCACCCGGAUUCAGAGCUGUUCCACAGGCAAGCCUAUGGCACCCCUCACCCCCUCCAGGGCUAUGCAGCGAACCACCACCCAGGAAGCUCCAGACAGGCCGGGGCCUGGGGUCCUGCUGGACGCACACUUGGCCUGUCAGGGCUGUUUGAUGCCAGCCUCCACCAUGCCAGCCCCUCCGGUCCUGACCCGUCCGUCAUGAAUCUAAUUUCAGCUCUGGAGUCCCGGGGUCCACAGCAUGCCCCCUCUGCUUCUUCCCUCCUCUCCCAGUUUCGCACUCCCUCUUGGCAGUCCGCAAUGCAUACAUCAGCCCCACCGGAGCUCUUUAUUUCAGGGGCACUCCCAGGUUCCAGCUCCUUCCCCUCUUCCUCGGCCCUUUCUGCAUACCAGCAUCCAGGCUCCUUCUCUGGACGAUCUUUCACUCCCUCACUAUCCCUGCAGGAUGUGCCUACAUUUAGCCCAACUUCCAAUGGCUUGCUAUCCCCCCAUGAUCCCCUGCUGCACAUCAAAACACCCUCUCAAUCCAGCCUGGGCUAUGAUCGCUUGCUAUCUUCGCAGAGUGCCACCUACCGGGGCUCCCAGGAUUCCCUUGCCUCUACCCAGACACAAGCCCCUGCCUCCUCAUCCAAUUGCCACCUGCCCCAUCCUCAGUUCAACUUGUUAUCCUCUCAGCUCCACAACCAGUCAUCCCAGCUCUAUAAUGCGUCCAUGCACUCCUCCACACCAGCUCUGCCACCCGAAGCCCCAUCUCAGCCCCCUUCUCCUCCAGAGAGGGCAGUUUCCCGGCAGGACAGUGUGAUCAAGCAUUACCAACGUUCAUCCCCUGCCCACCCCACAACGCUCCCCCUGCAGCAAUAUGUCAGCUGUGGUGGUUCUAGCUACCAGCAGAUAGCCAGCCAUCACCGGCAUGCUGGAGUGUCAUGCAGUCCCCAGGGGGAGCAGAGCCCAUCCUCUGACCCAAAACCUUCAUCACGGAUGGAAUCCCACACAUAUCGACCUAUCAUCCAAACUCCUUAUACAUCCUCAUCCUCCAGCUCCUCGGCACCUUCCUCAACUGGCACCAAAGGAGCCAAAAAUUCCAGCUCCAGUAGUGGCUACUCCUCUUCAGGUUCAGUAUCAUCCUCCUCUCGUACCCCACACACUCCACCAUCUGCCUCCUCCACUUCUUCUUCAUCCUCCUCUAGCACCAAGGCAAGCACUGCCUCCUUGUCUGCUCCCUCUCGUCAGCAACCCCCACCUCAGUCAGUCCCAGCACCACCACCUCUACCAGUGGUGUCCUCCACUCUUGUUCAACAGUCAACACAAAAACAAUGCCUCUCCUCGUAUGGCUCUCCAUCUGUGGCCAACACUAGCGCAGGCCUACCAGACCAGACCCCUCCUCAGCAACAUGCCCAGUCCUACUCUCCCAACCAGCCUCCAUCUGCACACAUUGCCCAGUCUUAUGGAGGCUUCAACUCACCUCAUGCCCAGGACCUGAGCUCUGGGACAGGUGGAACUGGAGGGAAGGCCUUCACUGGUAUAGGCACAGGAGGACACUCGUUUUCUGCAGAGAUACUCUUUGGGGAUUCAAGCUUUGGCUCAGCUUCUCUCAGAAGAGCAGGCAGUCCGCCCCUAAGGUAUGGGAGUGCAGGAGAAUCAGCAGGAACUGGACCUGUAUCGGGAGCUCCAGCACUUGGUAGUGGACUUGGAUCUGUACGAUCAGGGAGUGGGACUGCUAAUGUUGUCACUGGAAACAGCAGCUCUUACCACCUGCCUGAGUCUAGUCCCUCACCCUCCAUCAGUUCUACUAUCAGUCGCCCUGGAUUGAACUCUCCUGCUGCUGAUCACCCUGCACGGUCCCCUGGAAGCACAGGGGCCAACAAAUAUUUGUCCUCCAUCCUAUCCCCUGCUUUUAUGUCCUCACCACAAGGUUUCCAUGACACAGGGCGAGCGCAGAGCAAGUCCUACCAUGCAUCACCACCCAAGCCAAAAACAGAGACAAAUGUCCUGGGAGUUCGGCAAUCUCAAGAUGAGGAUGAUGAUGAUGAUGACGAUGAUUUCCUCAUCCAUCACUUACUUAAUGCCCAGGGAAGUACUUCCCAUCCUUCCCAGCAUCAUCCAUCAUCUCAGCAACUCCCCCAGCCUCUCCCAGAGGCUAGAGAUGGGGAAGGCAAGGGGAUGGCCUUUGGCAUUAACAAGAUCUCAGAAGAGCGUUACCAUCUUCAGAGUGUCAUUCGUACCAAUAACACUACCAACAGUUCAGGUCCCGGAACAACAACUGUUGACGCAGCAAGUGGCUUAAACAGUCAGUUGGAAAUAUCACAGAAGAAACGGCAGCAAACCAAGUCAGAGUUAACCAUAUCAAAGUCCACUGCUGGAGGGAUAGGAGAGGUUACUGACUCUCUUUCUAACUCACAUACUACCCACUCUCAUCAACAACAGCAUGACUCCAUGGGCUCUGUAAACCAUUAUGGAAGAGGGGACCCCUACACACAGCAAACACACUCCCAGCAUUCUCAUCACACUUCACAUGUGUCCCCACACACACAACACCCUCAGCAUUCACAAAUCCCCCAGCACACUCAACACACACAGCAUACUCAACAUUCUCAGCAUAGUCAUCCCCAUUCCCACUCACACAGCCAGCCGCACAUGGAGCUGAAGAAGAUUUCAGAUGCAAAUGAUAAUGCAUACUUGUGUAACACAACAGAUGUUCAGCAGACUCGACAAAGCCAGGUCCCUCUCUCUCUGAUGGAUUCACCCCCCGAUCAAACUGAGAUGCUGCAAUCUGUGCUCUCCCAUACUACCCACAACAAGAUGGAUCCCCAGCAAGCCCCUCGACAGCAACAUCCUUUAAGACAGCAGGCCAUGAUGGGGUCAGCUUUAGGAGUAGGGCCUGCUGGAGUGGAAUCCCAUUCACAGAACCAGUCCUCACAGUUGCAACUCCAACUCCAGACCCAGGGUAUAGAUUCCCACUAUAGCAUUGGAGCCCAGCCAAGAGAUCAAACCCAAGCGAGUCAGACCUCAGUGUCUCCGUUAGACAUGCUAGAUCAAUCUCUUUCUCAGGCGAAAAGCAGAGACAAUGGAGGAGCUCUGGAAAGAAUUGGGGUGACGGUUACUGGAGGGGAGGGAGUUACUGGCGACAUACAUAGACAGCAGCACAGACAUACACCUCACCACCUUCCCCAACAACCAGCCUCAGAUCUCCAUGACUUCCUCUCUGAACCGGAUUUGGGCUUGUCCACAUCGUCACACCUGCAUCACCUCAACCAGCCUCAGGCUCAUGCCCACCCCCAUGGCCACCACCAACAGCAAGCACAUGCUCACCAUCAGCUGUCACACUCUCAGUUAGCCCACCCACACUCCCACCGGAUGGCAGCAAAUAUGGGGACUACCCAGCAACAGCAACAGUCCCAAAGGAGAGCGCCUGAGACCCAGCUGUCACACUCCCAGUUAGAUCAGCUCAAACAGCACCAGUUUGAAACAGUGAACCCAGAGUGUAAAGUAAGACACAAUCAAGCUCAGCAGCAGAGGUUUGCUCCUCUGACACCUGUCUGCUUUCCAGACUCUCUCUUAAAUGAUGAAGACCGCUCUUUCUUUCCGGAGAUGGAGGACAUGUUUUGUUCAACUGAUUACAAGUCAAGCUGUGUUUCUGGGGCAGGACAGGCUGCCCAAGAAAGCCUUACACAGGGCCAUAGACAUGGGCAAGAGGGUAUAGAUGCCUUAAAAACAGGAGGUGCUGGAGAGGGCUAUGAUAUGGUUGGUCAUCAUAGUGAUCAAGGAUAUGGGCAGUACAGCCACAACGUUCCAGAAACAGGAAAUGGCAAUCUGCACUUAGACCAUGACUCUAUGAAGACCCAUGAGCUUCCCUCUACUGUGAAUACUGACCAGCUUGGCCUCAUCCACUCCCAAACUCCCACUAUUGGAUUGAACUCAGCAGUUCAAGGGGAUAGCACGGUGAACAAGAUGAUGGGAGUGGGUAGAAAUUCAAGCACUGCUGGUCUGACAUCACCUAUCUUCUGUUCUACUCGACCCAAGAAACUCCUGAAGACCAGCUCAUUUCACUUGCUCAAACAACGGCGCGAGCCACAACCUCAAACAAAGAAAAACUAUGCGCAGGAGUAUGAAUUUGAGGAUGAUGAGGAUAAAGCUGAUGUUCCAGCUGAUAUUCGCCUCAACAGUCGACGCCUUCCUGACCUGCUACCUGAUUUGGUUUCCAGUUGUCGGAAGGCUGGUGGGGCUCCAAGAGUUGGUGGACUCAGUCCACUAAUGAGUGACUUGGACUUCUGCCACCCCACCAGCUACUCUGCCCUUGGAAACCCUCCACAACUCCUUCCCCACGAUGGCCCCAAGAAAAGAGGCAGGAAACCAACAAAACCAAAACGUGAAGGCCCUCCUCGCCCACGAGGUAGACCACGUAUACGUCCACUUCCAGAACCUCCUUACUGUAAGGGGCUGAUGGGAUCAGUGGCAGGAGAAAGUAAGCGGGGUCGUGGGCGUGGUCGAGGGAGAGGCAAGCGGGAAGAAGGGCUUGUAGAAAUGCACCCAGAUAUAAAAACACAAAGCCUCCCAUAUCAUCAGCAGCAGUAUCAACAGUUCAGCCAACAGCAGCAUCUCCAACAGAAUCCACACCAACAUCAGAGACAGCAGGAAGACCACCACCAAGCACUGCAACAGCCACAACAACAUCACCUGCAUCUCCAGCAGCAACAUGUGUCCUGUCCUCAACACCAACCGCAUCAUCAUCAACAUCAACAUCAACCAUCCCAGCAGUGUCACCAGGAUCCAGUCAGACCUAUCAAGAUCAAACUGCCCAGUCCCUCCGAAUCCUUGUUGAGGACAGACUCUCUGUCGAGCACCGAGCCAGUUCUGUCUGAUGGAUCGGUGGGGUCGGCACCGUCUCUGGGCCUGAGCCCGAGAUCCUGCGCCACCACUGAUAUCAGCAGAAAUGAGCUGAACCAGGUGAAAGACAAGAUGAUGAAGCAUCAGCAGAAAGCUGGAGAGAUGGUGUGGAAGAAAGACGUGGACGAUCCACUGAGUCCUGAAGCCUGGGCCGCUGUUCAGAAACCCUCCAGUUCAGCGGAUGAGAAGGCUUUUGACUUCAAACCUGGCUUCAUGGCCUCUUUUUUGGACUUCCUGAAGACAGGCAAAAAACAGCCUGGCCUUGACUCGGGGCAUGAUGGAGGUGCGAUGGAACCCCUAAACCCCUGCUCGUCCAUGAAGGGAGGGAUCAUGCCCUUAUCCCCACCACCUCCUCCCUUACCGCAGACUCCUCCACAGCAGCCUCCAGGAACAUUCAGUGAGGACGGGCAGGGCGAGGGGGAGGACCUGGCUCUCAGCGGCUGCCCGAGUCCCUGCAAGCCUCUGGAUGAGGAGCUGAAAAGGAACCUGGAGACACUGCCCUCCUUCUCCUCUGAUGAAGAGGACUCAGUGAGUAAGAACCAGGACCUGCAGAAGAGCAUCUCAUCUGCCAUCUCUGCCCUGUAUGACACCCCACAUUCUCUGGCUGCUGUGAUGGCGACUGCCAUGAUCAAGGACCCACCCACUCUGUCCCCGCCUACCCCACAGGGGCCAUCGCUCAGCCCCCCUCCCCCUGCCAUACCUCCCCUCAUCCCCAGCAUGGAGAACGGAAAAUAUGAGGCACUCACGUUCACUCAGCACCACACAGAGGAAGAGCAAAACUUGGUCUCCCCACCGUCAAAUAGAGAUAAAGCAGAGGAGGGGGAGCCUGAGCAAGGAGGACAGGAGGAAGAGGAUGAGGAGGGAGGAGAGCAGACUGAAGACAAUGAAGAAAUAAUGACAGAUCCACAGAAUCUGCUGCUCGGAGUCCUGGAGGAGCAGGACGAUGUGGAAGAUGAGAGAAUGUCUGAAAUGCAGAUUUUGGAGGUCCCUAAAGUUGAAGAUUCUCCAUCUGAACCUGUGCUUGCUCCUGUGCUUCCAUCACCAUCACCAUCCAUCUCCCCUUCGCCACCAAACUACUCUUCACCCCCACUCCAUCCUCCCCUGUGUCUCUCAGUACCCUCCCCUCUGCUUAUCCAGCAGGAUGAGAAGGAAGCGAGUCCAACUUCUCCUUAUUAUGAGCAGCAGCAGCAGCAGCAGCAGCAGCAGCAGCAGCAGCAGUAUCCCUCCUACCAACCAGCUCCAGCUGCAGGCACCUCUCCACCCCCUUCCACAUCCCCUCCUGCCAUUCUGCCCUCACCCCUUUCCAACCUCCCCCUGGGUCAGUCAAUUCCCCCUCCGUCUACAACUCCUCCCCCGUCGUCCUCUGAUCAGGACCAGGAACCUGAAGCUGGGCCGCCUUCCCCGUCCUCACCUUCCUCUUCCUCACCCUCGUCAAUGUCCUCUCCGCCACCAUCACCUCCGACCCCGGAAGAGGUUCCACCGUCUCAGCGUCUCACCUCUCUCCACCUGGCAAAGAAGCAGACUGACGCCGCAAUUGCUGGGGAGAGUGAAGAGGAGGACAGCCAGAGUGGAGGCGAAGGGAUCUUCCGCGAACGGGAUGAGUUUGUGGUUCGAACUGAGGACAUCGGCACUCUUAAGAUGGCCUUGCAGACAGGCCGGGAGCCCCCGCCCAUCUGGAGGGUACAGAAAGCCUUGCUCCAGAAAUUCAGCCCAGAGAUAAAAGAUGGUCAAAGGCAGUUUUGUGCAACCAGUAAUUACCUGGGUUACUUUGGUGAUGCCAAGAUGCGCUACCAGCGUUUGUAUGUUAAGUUCUUGGAGAACAUCAACAAAAAAGACUAUGUCAGAGUGUGCUCCCGGAAGCCGUGGCACAGAGCCGGUCUGACUCUGAGGCGGCAGGCACAGCCAAAACAGCCGCCCGCCCUUCUCAGCCAAACCCCGCCCCGGGUGGAGAGAGACGACAGAGACAAGGAGAGACAGAAAGAGAGAGAGCUGAGGGAGCUGAGAGGCAGAGGAAAGGAAAGAAGAGAAGGGGAGCAUAGGGAUCAUAAUGAGAGAGAGGGAAGAGAGAAAGAGAGGGAGAAUAGAGCAAUACACAAAGAGAUGGAACUGGAUAAGGAGAGGGUGAGUGAAAAGGAGAAACAGGAUAGUGAGAGACAGGACAGAGAAGGAAAAGAAAAGGAGAGAAAAGAGAGAGAACAGAAAGAGAAGGAGAUAGAACAGAAAGAGAGGGAGAGACAAGAGAAGGAGAUCGAACAGAAAGAGAGGGAGAGACAAGAGAGAGAAGAGAAAGAGAAGGAGAUCGAACAGAAAGAGAGGGAGAGACAAGAGAGAGAAGAGAAAGAGAAGGAGAUCGAACAGAAAGAGAGGGAGAGACAAGAGAGAGAAGAGAAAGAGAAGGAGAGACAGGAAAGAGAACAGAAAGAGAGGGAGAGACAAGAGAGAGAAGAGAAAGAGAAGGAGAGACAGGAAAGAGAACAGAAAGAGAGGGAGAGACAAGAGAGAGAAGAGAAAGCGAGGGAGAGACAAGAGAAAGUACAGAAAGAGAGGGAGAGAAAGGAGAGAGAGCGAAAAGAAAGGGAGAGACAGGAGGAAGAACGAAAAGAAAAGGAGAGAGAGCGAAAAGAAAAGGAGAGACAGGAGAGAGAAACUAAAGAAAAAGAAAAAAAGGAGAGGGAGCAAAGUGAAAGGGAGAGACGGGCGAGGGAGAGAAGAGAUAAAGAGACAGGAAAGAAAGAGCGGAGAGAGCAGAAAGAGCAGGCGGAGAGCGUAAAGGAAAGGGAGCCGAGAGAAAAGGAGGGAGGAGUGAGGGAGAAAGAGAAGGAAAAACAAGGGGAUCUGGAGAGAGAGGGGGGGAAGAGAGAUGGUUCGGUGGCGUUUGAGAGAAGAGAAGAGAAGAGGGCCAAGACUUCGAGGGACAAGGCAGAGCCUCCUCUGAAGAAGAGGAAGAAGUGGCUGAAGGAGGGGCCGUCCUCCCCCUCCGAGUCGGACUCCUCUCCACCAAGUGAUGAAGAAGGGCCCGUGCGAGGCGGAGUGAACAGUCGGGCAAUGCGGGAGAUGUUCAGGAGCUAUGUGGAGAUGCUGGUGAGCACAGCACUUGAUCCGGACAUGAUCCAAGCACUGGAGGACACUGAUGAUGAAUUGUAUCUCCCACCCAUGAGGAAAAUUGAUAGUCUGCUCAGUGAACAGAAGAAGAGGUUGUUGAGGAGAGUCAACAUGAGUGCUCAGCAUCAGGAGGCUUUGCAGAUAUUCCCCAAAAUGACAGCAGACCCGCUGGAAUCUGGAGCUAUUAAAGUUCAUCUUGGUGGGGAGGGCUACAACCGCAAAACUCUCAACCGGGCCAGGAAGAGUAUUCCAAGGCAACAGGAUCUGAAGCUUUCAAUAGAAAUAUGCAGGGUCUACAGUCUGUAUCAUUCCCUUCACCACUACAAGUAUCACACCUUCCUGCAUUGUAAGAAAGAGACGGACAGCAUUGAGCAGGCAGCGGAGGACCCUGGCCAAGAGGAGGUGGUGCAGCAGUGCAUGGCUAACCAGGGCUGGCUGGAGAGUCUCUUUAACUCCUUCAUGGAGCUGCUGAACCUCAGCACCAAGGCCUGAAGGAGGACCCCAGAUUCACAAAUCUGACGGGGGCAUCCAGAGUUUGGGAAACAAACCAAUCCCAGAAGGUUCCAGCAAGAACAGGAGGGGCUUGAGUGUUUUAAGUGUCUGUUUUAUUAUGGAAGAUGGGAGGUCGUGAACAAUGUGAAUAUGAUGGAUUUUUCUCAAUAGUCAAAGAAAGGGACCACAAGUUUAUUUGGUCAGCACUACAGAAGAGAUUUUUGUCAAGACCAACAGACCACACACACACACACACACACACACACACACACACACACACACACACACACGAUGUAUGUAUUGAUAACUUAUGGUUUGUAUGAUUUAUACAAGGACAAUUUUUUUAAAUGACUAUCCUAAGAUAGGAUUGUUUGCUGUUAUUUUUAAAAAAGAAAUGCUUUAAAGGGCACACAUAAAAUGGCACACCUGCAUUUCUUUUUCUUCUAAAAGAACAACAGAGAUAAACUAGAGCUAAGUGAGACGGACUAUGUGAUAGUCUCUUGUUUCUACUUGCCUCAGUGAAAAAGUAAUUGAGACUGAGGUAAUGUAUAUACAUCUGUGAUUGUAUGUCUGUUCUUCAAAAGACAAUGAGAGAGAUUCCAUGCCUGUAAAGAUGAGGAGCAACAAAAUAAAGCACUACUUUCUCAACGUAAGUGCGGGGUCAAAUGAUCCAAAAGUGUAAAUGUCAGUGUUAAAUGUGAGUCAUUUUUAUCUGUUUGUUGUUUAUUGAUAUGCUUAUUAUUUGACCUCCCUGAGGAUAUUCUUACAGAGCAAUUUUGUUGUUUUGAUGUGUAGAUAUUGUACAGUUACUUCAUUCUCUAGUUCCCUGUUGCUCUUCUGUACAUGCAAUUCCUGUAUUUGACAUUAUGAAAUAAAACUGUCAAAUGACAAAUGUGAUGAUAAA